GCGGCGGGCUUCCUCAAGGUCACGACCGCCCCCAAAGACCUGGCCACCGCUACCACACGCCGCCCACUGGUGGCGACGCUGCCAGCAAGCAUACCGGAGGACCCUACCGCGGUGUUGUGGACGUGCACAAGAUGCGACCACGCGGCCUGCUUCCAGGACAUGCUAGCACAUAUGGCGCUGUGCUACGCCGGCGGGCGGCUCGAUCCAGUCUCGAGAACAAUUAUCGCG